UGUGUGAUCACGUGUGUGUGAUGUAUCAUAUGUUUGGUGGCUCCUCCUCCUCCACGACAGCUGCUGGUGAAAGUGAAACUAUUACAGCAGGAGCCAUUUUACAGUAAAGCCUCGUUCAAGAAAAUAAAAAAUAAACAAGAUAAAAACACAGUUUAACUCUCUAUGUUCUGACACUGCGUGUUCAUCAUGAAUCUCUCUAGAGAGACAAAAAGUUUGACUCGUGGAGAAUCUCCUAAACCCAGUUGUGUGUCUAUGAAGAGUGACAGAUCAAUGGAUAUUCCACUUAACUUCAGUUCAGGAGACUGUGAUGAUACAGAUGUGAGUAACACAACAAAUGGAUCCUUCAAAGGGAAGCACAUGGAUUCUGUUUUCCAGGAGGUUGAGCACAAACUCGUCUCUCUCAUGAAGAAAGAGCUGAAAAUCUUCAAGAGUCUACUGAGUCCAGAUUACCCAUCGUGCUCUGAGAGAGAAGAGGAGGAUGAUGAAGAUCAGAUCAGAGUCAGAGAGAUGUUUCUGAAGAUCACACUGAACGUCCUGAAGAAGAUGAAGCAGACAGACCUCGCAAACAAACUACAGACCAGUAAGAGCUCUCAGUCAUGUGACUAUUACAUCACUUUACCUUCAGACGAACAGACACAGUGUCUGUAUUUACUGAUGAUUAUUAGUGAAAAUACAUUUACAGUUAAUAAAUCAAUAGAAUAGAACCAUGAAGCUUUUUGUGUUCAUCUAAUGUCAUGAUCAUCAAAAUGUUAAAAUACUCUUGAGUCAAAUAUAAUAACAGAUUAGACAAAAUAUUAAUUUGGUUUAAAAAUAAGAAAAUACACAUGUUCAUACAUAUAGGGCUGCAACAAACGAUUAUUUUGAUAGUCGACUAAUCUAACGAUUAUUAGAUCGAUUAAUCGACUAAUUGGCUAGUAUUUCAAUGACUAAUCAGUACGUUUUUAAUGAUUAUUCAGCUUUUGCAACUAGUUAAAACAUUGAGUUAUAGAUAAUUUACGUAAUGAAUAAAAUCAAUUCAGCUUUUGAAAUUUGCUUUAAUGAACUUGAACCAACUGGUUACUCUCUUUAAGUUUGCUGAUUCUGUCCAACUCGAAUCACACAAAUACUCUCUAGAAACUUUUAAAUACAAAUAAAAAUAUAUAAAUCAGGUACAUUAAAGGCAUUUUUUUUUAAAUGGAAACAAAUCUCUUGACUAGGGCUGUCAAAAUUAACGCGUUAACGCGAGAUGAUUAAUUACUGUAAUUAACGGCGAUAAUUUUUUUAACGCAUUAACGCAUUCCCGCCAUGUUUUACCCACAAUUCAAACCCCGCCGCGUUCAUUCCUCGUCGCGUAAACAUCGUACUGACACGAGCGAGAUGGAGGUGUCCGAAUAACCCGUCGGCCCGCUGGAUGGACAGUUCGAAUAUAAAAAAAACAAAGAUGGAACACUAAAUAAACAUGUUGUGGUUUGCUCACACUGCAGGAAGGACUUUUCGUUUCACCGAAGCAGCUCUAGCCUUAAGUACCAUCUCAACGCCAAGCAUUCAUUUGUUGGGGCUUCCACUUCAGGUGUUAAGCCUGGCAUGCGUCAGACCACCCUCACCGAACGCAGGGCAUUAAGUAAGUCUACGUCUGAGAAGCUGACAGACACAAUUGCCAGAUGGAUAGCCAAGGAUUGUAGACCGAUUACUAUUGUCGAGGACAAGGGCCUCGCGGAAGUUUUAAAAGUGGCAACUUUAGACGCGUUCUACAAGCCACCGUCGAGAGGCACAGUGAUGACUAAAAUCAACGAACUAUAUGAUGCCAAAAAGAAAACAAAGGAAGAGGAUUUGGCUUCAGCGGAAUAUGUUGCUUUGACAGGAGACCACUGGACCUCCGUGAGUAACAACAAUUAUCUCGGCGUGACGGCGCAUCACAUCACUAAAAGCUGGAAACUUAAGUCGUUUGCUUUAACCGUGAUGAAAACAGAAGAGCGUCACUUUGCAGAGGUGUAUGCGCAACAGUUUCAAAACGUGGCAGACAAGUGGAAUAUUGAAGAAAAAAAAUCACAACAAUAGGGACGGACAGUGCACGCAAUAUGACUGCAGCGGCUAAACUGCUGCCGUAUGAGCACAUGCCCUGCAUCGCUCACAUGCUACAGAGAUGUAUCAACGUGAGCCUCUCCAACAGUGGAUUUGCGAAUGUGUUGGCCAAGUGUCACAAAAUUGAGGGUCACUUCAGACACAGCGCAGCAAACACCAUGGAGCUUCAAGCACAGCAAGCGACCCUGGGCCAGCAGCGGGAGCCACUGAUCCAAGACGUGCCAACGCGAUGGAAUUCCACGGUGGAAAUGAUCAAGCGCCUGAACCGCAAUCAAGCAGCACCAAAAGCAACGCUGGACCAACAACAUCACAAACUGGUUAUGCUGACGCCACCAGAAUGGGACAAGCUGCAGAGACUGAGCACUCUCCUAGAGCCCUGCAGGUACGUAACUGAGAUUCGGUGUGGAGAGGCCUAUAUCUCCUGCUCAGUGGUACUGCCUGCCCUCUGCCAUCUGCGUCAAGUGAUGAAGGUCUCUGAAGAAGACCCUGCAUAUGUGGUGAAAUUUAAAACAAUCUUCAUGGAAGAACUAGCAUUCCGCCAGGAAAGUACAAACAAUGCAUGGCUCAAGCUUGCAACAGCGCUGGAUCCACGUUUCAAAGACUUGAAGAGUCUGCCCAAGAGUGAAAGGAAAGAGGUGUGGACCUCACUUGGAGGCAUGCUUUAUGAACAAUCACCCAGAAGGUCUCUGCUGACUUCUCAAGAUGGACCACCCAGGAAGAAAUUUCACCUUCUACAAAUGGGCUCAGAUUCAGAGUCAGAUGAAGAGGUGCAACCUGACAGAGACAUACACGGGUACAGAGCAGAACCAAGCAUAAGUAUGGAGGACUGCCCCAUGCAGUGGUGGGCUGCUCAUUCAGGAGCACAUGACAAGCUGGCCCGCCUUGCCCGGAAAUAUCUAGCGACUCCUGCAUCCACGGUUCCAUGCGAACGACUCUUCUCAGUCGCAGGCCAUAUUGUUCAGAAGAAACGGUCCGCUUUACAUUCAGAAAAUGUUAACCAGUUAGUUUGCCUUAGCAACUGGCUAAAAGAUGAAUAAAUAAAAGAUAACAGGGCCACAUGCAAUUGUGUGAAAGUUUAGUUGUUUGUUCAAAAAGAAAAAGGUUCAUUCACCUUUCCUGUUUUUGCUAAGAGCAAUGGCUAAGUUGCC